GAACAAUUCGCAAACCUUCAAAGUUACCCCCAAAGAACGUUACGGCGGUGAAAUGAACUAGAAUGGCGCCACAAUUACACCAUACAUAAAGAUAAGCAACCAUUGUUUUCCCUCCAUCUCUCACUUCUCAGCAGGCAGCAGCCUCUUCUUCUUCUUCUUCUUCUUCUUCUUCAUUCAUCUCCCCAUCUACCAAACCUCUCUGAAAUUCCUUCUGCAAAAGAGACGAAGCUAGUUUUAGAUAAAAUGGAGGCCAUGACUGUAACCCCAGAUGCCAUUUCCAAGAUUUUAGCAAACCCAUCUCCGGAUUCAUGUGUUGAUCUUCCUGAUCUUGUUAUUCAAGUUAUUGAUUUGAAGUCUGUUGGUAACCGUUUCAUGUUUACUGCAUUUGAUGGAAAACAAAAGCUUAAAGGAAUUCUUCAAUCAAGUUUUUCAGAUUUGGUGUCUUCUGGAUCCAUUCAGAAUCUGGGUCUUAUUCGAAUUCUCGAUUACACACUCAAUGACAUCCCAAAUAAGCCAGAAAAGUAUCUGCUUGUAGCUAAGUGUGAAGCCGUAUCGCCUGCCCUUGAGGCGGAGGUGAAAAUUGAGGAGUCUAGUGUUGUGUUAAAGCCACAUAAAGAUCUUAAUGUGAAAACCGAGGUCAAAAUUGAAGAUUCUGGAAUUUUGUUAAAGCCUAAGCUGGAAAUCGCUAAAUCAGCUGCUCAGAUCAUUCAUGAGCAACGCGGAAAUGAAGCACCUGUGUCAAGAAUGGCUAUGACUCGUAGAGUUCACCCUCUAGCUUCUUUGAACCCCUACCAAGGGAACUGGACCAUUAAGGUUCGAGCCACGAGCAAGGGGAACUUGAGAAGCUUUAGGAAUGCUAGAGGAGAGGGGAAUGUCUUCAAUGUUGAGUUAACCGAUGAAGAUGGUACUCAAAUACAAGCAACAAUGUUUAAUGAAGCUGCUACAAAGUUCUUUGACAAGUUUCAAGUAGGGAAAGUAUACUACAUUUCAAAGGGAACAUUGAAAGUUGCAAACAAGCAGUUUAAGACAGUACAAAAUGACUAUGAGAUGACCCUUAAUGAUAAUUCUAUUAUUGAGGAAGCUACUGAUGAAGGAGUAUUUAUUCCCGAAACAAAUUUCAACUUUAUUCCAAUUGAUCAGUUGGGUAUACAUGUAAAUGCAAAGGAUGUUGUAGAUGUAAUUGGAGUUGUCAAACAUGUGUCUGAGACGAUGAGUAUCAGGAGGAAGAUCAAUAACGAGAUGAUUCCAAAGCGGGAUAUCACUAUUGCUGAUGAAUCGAAGAAAACUGUUGUGGUUUCUUUGUGGAAUGAUCAUGCCACUACAGUUGGACAGGAAUUGUUGGAUAUGGCUGAUAAGUCUCCCGUAAUUGCCAUUAAGUCUGUCAAAGUCGGAGAUUUUCAGGGUGUUUCAUUGUCGGCAAUAAGCAAAUCUAUAGUAAAGAUUAAUCCUGAUAUUCCCGAAUCAAAGAAGCUAAAGUCUUGGUAUGAAUCUGAAGGUAAAGAAACUUCAAUGGCUUCUGUGGGUGCUGGUAUGACCCCUUCUACUAGUGGCGGAAGGUCAAUGUACACCGACAGAGUCUCGAUUUCACAUAUCACAAGCAACCCAUCUCUGGGAGAGGACAAGCCUGUAUUCUUCAACAUAAAAGCUUGUAUAAGCUUGAUUAAGGCUGAUCAAACGCUGUGGUACCGGGCCUGUAAAACGUGCAACAAGAAGGUAACUGAAGCUAUUGGAUCCGGCUACUGGUGUGAAGGAUGCCAAAAGAAUGAUGCAGGAUGCAACUUAAGAUAUGUUUUGAAUGCAAAGAUAUCGGAUGGUAGUGGGGAAGCAUGGGUUUCAACAUUCAAUGAUCAAGCUGAGAAACUUAUUGGGUGUUCAGCUGAUGAGCUUGAUAAGCUGAAAUCACAAGAGGAAGAAGGAAAUGAGUACCAAAUGAAGCUAAAAGAAGCAACUUGGGCACCUUACACCUUACGAGUAAGCGUUGCACAAAACGAGUACAUGAACGAGAAAAGACAAAGGAUUACUGUAAGAGCUGUUGCACCACUUAAUUAUGCAGCUGAAACUAGUUUUCUGCUAGCCGAGAUCUCGAAACUGAAAGCCUGCCGGACCCAGUAAAGUAUAACAAGUAGUUUUGGGUGGAAAUUCAGCAGUAGGUUUGAAAGGAGUGUUUAUUUCUGGUGGAAGGUUUUGAUCUUUCUGUGAAUCUGAUCAAAGUAUCUAAUCAAACUUGAUUAUUGUGUUUUUAUGUAAUAUAUGCAUUGCAAAUUUUAGCAAAUUUCUUAAUGUUGUUUUAGUUUUACCAUAUUGCUAAAAUAAAACACAUUUGCAGCAUGCCAUCUAUAACAAAUAAGUAAUACCAAUAUCAAUCCAUCAUAAAUGAAUUGCUUCUAUACCAAAUCUGCCAAUAUGUGGUACUCUUCCUGAGGUAAUAAAAAGGAC